UUUAAAGCUACUCCUUUAUUGAUGACAAAUGCAGAGAAGUAAAGAUGAUGUAUCUUCACUUGUGAAACCCAAUGACAUAGCCACCCCUGUCUCUCCAGAUUCAAGAAACUUGGGGUUUUAUGCCUUUAGUAUGAUGGGUGUCUCUUUCUUUGACAGCUUCUAGCUGUCUUCUGCUGAUUAAAAGUCAGAGAAUUAAUGGUAUUUAUAUUUCCAGGUGGUAAAAAUUACUCUACAUAUUAAAGAAAAUGUGGUUUGUGACUAUGUGUAGCUUUCAAAAUGUGAGAUGGGUAUAUCUGUUCUCUGUGUGGAAAGCAAUUUGGGUCAGAAAGCUAAAAGGCAUAAGCAAUCUUCUCAGGUGUCUAAAUACAGCUCCUUGCUUUCCUAUUUCAGAACUCUUGUUUCCUUUGCAUUUUGAUUCUUCUCCCUUUCUCUUCUUCCUCUUGCCUAUAGUAAUGGAGUCUUCCCAACUCUUUGGAGGUACAGAAGAAUGUAAUAGCAGUGAAUCUGGGUGGACAAUGUAUAUCGGCUCCCCCACCCCCACAUACGGUGUCGGUGAUGAUAAACACAAUGACGGUGGAGAAAAUGAUGAUGAUGAUGAUGACGACGACGACGACGACGAUGAUGAUGAUUAUGAUGCUAGUCAUGGCAAUGAUAGUGAUGAUUCUAUGGCUUCUGAUGCUUCUUCUGGCCCGAGCCAUCGAGAACGACCAUGUGGGAAAGGUGGAUACGGUCAUGGCAUGAACUGUUUCGAGUAUAAUAAGAAUGAGGAUGAUGGCAAGUAUCGCACGCAUAAGAAAGCUGACAGUCGAGCGGAAAAGCAAAGGGCUGAACAAAAGAGAAAUGAAGAGAAAGCAGAGUCCAUGUUUUUGGCAAGAAAAGCUAAUACUCAUGUUGGAAGCAACAGCAAGGUAAGAAAAACCAAUUGGAUCGGAAAGAGAAAAUAAAUGCUUUCCUGCUCUUCAGAUUGUGUUUAUAGAAUGGUAGUAGGGGCAGAAAAAUGAUCCUUAGCUGAGACAUAUAGGCAUCUAGCACAUCCAUGGAUAUAAAUUAUGUUGUGUGUUUUCAGAUUUCCAAUGUAAUAUUUGAAUCAAGAAAUAUAAUGUGCAGAUCAGCUGGCACAUCCAUGGAUUCAGAGAGGGUAUCAUAUUGGUUUAGAUAAGUACUAUUGUGGGUAUAUUUCCACUUUUGUGUCUAUGUAUCAUCAUGUACAAUAGGAUGAAAAUAAGAGUGCACUGAUGAUAUGAGAUGGUCUGUUAAUUA